CUUGAACUUGACAUGGUAAGAAUUGAGCACGCACAUGUAUACUAGCCGUCGCAGCCGAUAAAUAGAGAACUACCUUCUCUCUUACUUUCCUCGUUACCCAAGAUGCCUACAGACGAUUCGGAAUCCGCUCGCCAGCCAUAUUAUAUCGGUACAUUUUCCAAACCAACCGUCGAGCUUUUUGAGGCUGCACUUCCCACAAUGAAAGAGGAGUCUAGACAAUGCAUCGAGAAUCUCUCGAGUUACCGUGCACGACAUAUGCAGGUCAAGUUCCCUAGGAGUCAGAGCGCGGCGGUCUUGGUUCCAUUGUUUAUCGGUCGUGCGGGAGACCUGUAUGUCUUACUGAGUCGGCGGUCAGCUAGCCUGAGACAGUACGCGGGUGAUACCGCACUUCCGGGAGGAAAGGUGGAGCCGCAAGAUAACACUAUCGAGGACACUGCGAGGCGUGAGGCCUUUGAGGAGAUUGGGCUUAUUCCAGACCGAGAACGAGUACCCUUGUUGUGUGUGAUGGAGCCCUUUCUUAGUGGUAACCAGACAGUAGUGACUCCGGUUGUUGUCCUCGUUCUGGACAAAACUGUGCAGCCCAGUCUCAAUGAGUCAGAGGUGACCUCGAUAUUCUCACAACCACUCGCUUCUUUCCUCGUGUCGUCGUUCCCUUUCCAUCCAUACCGUGUUCCAGAUCCUUUGAUACCCUACCAUACGACAAUGGAGUGGGAAUGGGGUGGAGGCGGUCCAGUUCGCCUGCAUAGCUUCCUCACCGGACGCGAAGCAGACGGCGUGAAACCUGUUUUUGGACUCACUGCGAGUAUAUUGAUCUACAUCGCCGUUUGGGGCUACAGACGUGCUCCAGACUUUGAGUUCCAGCCGUCAAAUGCGCCUACGCAGGCUCAGCAGAUCGCUUGUGCGCUCCUCAUGCCUUCGAAUCGACUACGGUUGGCGUGUGAGCGCGAGGGCAUCGAUGCGAAUGUAAUGGCUGAAUCCUGCCUGCAUGCACUACAAAACUCUGUGCCUGGUAUGAUCGAGUGGGACAAGAGCGGCAAGGAUUGGAAGCGUCUGACGGAGGGGCCGACUCGGAUCCCACAGGGCAUCAACGUCAUCAAACAGGAGAUACAUGACAACGUGCAUGAGCACCAAGACAUUCACAAGAGGGAGCAGGAACGUCAUUGUGAAGUGGGGGAUGGUGAAAGGAAGGACACAGGGCGGCGAAGUGGCCGUAAUGAGCGCAAAGAUUGUGACGCUAAACUCUGAUGUUCAACAACGAACACACUCUCGCUUAUGUUGCUUAUAACUCGUAUUCAAACUGAUGUCGUUGUUGGCGACACGC